AUGUCUAAUUUUGUUGAGAAGAUUGUGGAAAUUCACCAAAAGACUAUUUUUUCUAUCCAGGUUGAUGAUAGCACAAUUCAUAACCAAGCUAUCAUUCUGGUGUUCGUCAGAUUCAUCAAUGAAGAUGAUAUAAGGGAAGAAAUGUUAUUCAUUAAAAGUUUGUCUGAAACUACUAAUGUAGAAGAUAUAUUCAAUGAAGUAAUGCAGUACUUUAAUGAUAAAAACAUUCCAUUGACUAAUUUGAUCAACACUGCAUCAGACGGAGCUGCAGCAAUGACUGGAAAAGUGAAAGGCUUUGUUUCUAGAAUGAAAUGA